AGGAAGCAGCAGCCUUAACGCUAUUACCGCAUUGGGUGUGCUGGCGCCUGAGCCUGUGCCGCAGAGUACAGCAAACCGCAGGUUGCCGUUACCCAGCUUCACCUUCACCAACAAGCCCGGUCAAAUAUAAAUCCCCGAACCGCCCGUCCGCCUCGCUUCUCUCAAACUCACACCACUCGCAACUGCACGCAGAUUAACCAGAACCGCACACCUACCCGUACACCACCGCUUACCCCACUUCAACCUACACAAACACCCGCCAUGUCUACCGAAGCCGCCCCCGAUGCGCAGCAGAUCAAGAUCAUCACCAGCGACAACAUCGACAUGACUGUCGACCGUCAGGUCGCUGAGCGGUCCAUCCUGAUCAAGAACUUGCUCGAGGAUCUUGGCGGCGACAAUGAGGAGGCCAUCCCCAUCCCCAACGUCAACGAGGCCGUCAUGAAGAAGGUCCUCGAGUGGUGCACCCAUCACCGCAACGACCCUCCCGCGUCCCAGGACGACGACUCGGACUCGCGCAAGAAGUCCACCGAUAUCGACGAGUGGGACCAGAAGUUCAUGCAGGUCGACCAGGAGAUGCUCUUUGAGAUCAUCCUUGCUGCCAACUACCUUGACAUCAAGGCCCUCCUCGACGUCGGCUGCAAGACCGUCGCAAACAUGAUCAAGGGCAAGUCGCCCGACGAGAUCCGUAAGACAUUCAAUAUCCAAAACGACUUCACCCCGGAGGAGGAGGAGCAGAUCCGCCGCGAGAACGAGUGGGCCGAGGACCGCUAAGCGGCUCUUCACUUUCGCUUGUCUUCUAAGCUCCACCUGUAGAUACUUUCGUAAUGAUCUGACAGGGUUGUUUUCGGUGUUCGGGGUUACAUUCGGGCAUGCCUCUUUCUGCAUGAUAUCGGAUAUUAUUUGGUAUAUGAUACGCGUCACGAAACGUACGGCUUGGGUUUCAUGACGGUAUAUCGUUAAUGGACUCGCAUGAUAGCCGC